ACAAAUGGGUUUCAAACAAUCAAAUAAUUUUAUGAAGCGUCAAAACAACACCAUGUAAAGAAAUCAUUGAAAAUAAUUGUUUUUUCUGUACAUUACACCAUCAAACGCUUUUAACAUGUCGCUACCGACAUUUUUGCCUUUCCUUGGAAAAUAAAAUCAUAAUAAACACUUCAACAUGGAUCCAGUAAGACAGAAGUAUAAUAGGAAAGAAAAAACCAGUUCCAGCCAAGCUCAACACAAUAAAAUGGUACCACAUAAACCCUCCGUACAAAAACCGAUUUGCACUUAUAUGUGCCAAAUGAAUCGUGUCAAGCCAUCUUCCGACCAGGACAGAGUCCUCAAAGGCUGCUACGUAAGACCAUCACGCGAACUUAUUGAACAAGUAAUGGAGGAUGAACCAAAACUAGUUGAGAGAACACAAGGGUUACGUGAUAGUUUAGAUUCAACUAAUGCCUGCCAAACGGAAUGCCACAGAGAGGCUGAUUUAUCAACAGGAUACGCCUCGACAACAACGUUAGAUAACAGCGAAUUUACCGACGAAACUUCUGCUGAUGAAGGCGACAAUCCUAAUUUGUUACAUUUGACAAAAAUGAAAUGGCUCACUGAUAGUCAAACAGAGUCUACAGAUUCCAGAUCAAGUACACCUAGUAUAUCUCGGAGUGUGUCGUUUGCCGUACCUGAUUCGAGCGAUUCUGAAGGAGAUAUGAGGGGAUGCCGCAGCUUUGGGGAGAAGUGCCUCUCGACGAUUUUACGUCUGGACAAGGAGCACAAUAUGUUUGGAUUAUCCAAUAUUACGAUUAAUUCGAAAGUGUUGAAAAAAUACCGUAAAGGCGAAAACAACCCGGCAUUUCCUCAAACAACUAUAAUUCAAUUGCUUAGUUGUGGACAACAAUGUUGUCACAAGAGUAAUACUGAUUUGCCGAUGUCACUCAAGUGCGGGAGGUGUUACAGUUGCACUGAUCCAUUCUGUACUUCAUGCAAGUCAUGUGGGACAGUGUGUUCUUUACCGUGCGCGCUGCCCUGUGUAGUUCCUGCGCGACCUUGCAAACCUAUUACUUGCCCUAAGCCGUGUUUAAGAAUAACGCCAUGUGGAUCACCAUGCGGCAGACGUUGCAGAAGCCCACCUAUAUCGCCAUGCAAAAGCCCAUGUUCCCCUCCAUGCAGAAGUCCAUGCAGAUCUCCAUGUAGAUCUCCAUGCACAUAUCCAUGCGUUAGGCAGCCCAAAAUACCCUUCCUUAAGCCAACGCCUUGCCAAAUACCUUGUGGGACGUGCUGUGACAAUCCACCAUGCACAAUUUGCUGCAUUAAGGGCAAACUCAAGUGCAAGCGAGUGCCCUGUGCGAAACCAAAAUGCUUGAUGGAUUGUAGUACUCGAUUUGGCAUGAAGAUCGCAUUAAAAAGAAAACCGACGUUUGAACCGUCUCCGAUCGAGAUAACGCCACGGUCCAGUUGUAUUUUAAAGAAGCCUAUAGCUGCCAGGUCCUGCCAUCACUUGCCGCGUUGCUCACCGCCAUCUUCCUGCUUCCCGUACCUCAUGCCUUGCUUCUGGCCACCUCGAGCGAGCGCGCCGUGUAACAAUCCCUCCCGAUGCUUCCACAACCCGCCUUGUCUAGCGCCACGCAUUAGAAAGUCACCAAUACCUCCGCAGUAUCUAUGCUCCCGCGAUAAGAAGUGUCUGAGUAGUAAAACUGCGAUAUGUCCUAAUCCGAAGUGUCCUGGGAAAAAUGAAACAUUCAAAGCGGAGAUAGAGAAAAGAUUUGGAAAAGGCGUAUAAGGAAUAAUGGCCGAUUCCAAUGAUCCCAAGAACCCCAAAAAAUCUAAGAACCCACAUUGCUCUUGUUCGUGUGAAAAGAAAGUUGAAACUCCAUGCGAUGAAUUCAUUUUCUACCCAAACAUUAAGAGGAAAGCUAAAAAGAAGCUGAUUAAAUGCGAGUGCUCUUCUCCUGGCUGUUCUAGUUGCUUUGUCUCAAAACCAAAGGCUACACUAAUACCAAUGAAACCACAAUAGAAAUUGAUGAGGAGAUUGAAAAAAUGUUUAGCGACCUGUUAAAGGCAAGACAAUGUUUGUCAAUCAUAAUCUCAAUUUGUAAUUGAAAUUGUAGUAAGCCAAUAAAAAAUAUUCAAUAUAAAAUUACAAAAAACCAA